AUGCGGUCCCAGGUUUUCCCGGGCCUUCUGCUCGGUGUCCUUGAAUGGGCUACUAUGGGCAAGUCACCGGGAAAGUGGAUCAAAUCGGUGCUUUUGGGGAAGAAAUCUACCAAGUCAGGUUCUACCAAGGUGAAUGAAUCGAAGGCUGAUAACAACAGACAUUCAACUGGGGAGGACCGCACAUUAUCUGAGAAUUCUCCUGUGAUUUCUGAGCCGGUACUAGUUAACGUCCACAAGAAUAUAGCUGUCAAUGGGAAGGCUGAAAAUGCCAGUGAUAGGGCAGGGCAACAAGAUCUGCAGAACCAAAGCAUUGUUGAGUCCAAAUCAUCGGCUCCUUGUCAGCUGGGAGAAGAUCAAGCUGCAGCAAAGGCACAGGCAGCCUUUCGUGGUUACCUGGCACGAAGGUCAUUCCGUACAUUAAAAGGUAUCAUAAGACUUCAGGCACUGAUUCGAGGGCAUCUUGUAAGGAGGCAGGCUGUAUCAACCCUUCGUACAACAUGGUUGAUUGUGAAGUUUCAGGCUCUAGUUCGUGGAAGAAAUGUUAGACUCUCCGGCGAUCACAUGCAAUUCAAUGUGCAGUUUGGGCAGCCUAACUUUGGGGGUGUUAGAUCGUCUGAUGCAUGGAAAGAGAAGCUGUCUUCAAAUGCUUAUGUUCGGAAGCUUCUGUCUUCACCAAUUGUGCUAGAACCUCUUCACUUCCAGUAUGACAAGAGGGAUCCCAAUUCAACCUACAACUGGUUUGAGAGAUGGACCAUAGGAUGCAUCUGGAAGCCUGCUUUUCAACCCAAAAGAGUUGCUGAUGGGAAACCACUGGUAAAGAAGGCUAGUUAUGCAAUGGAAACUGAAUCAGCCAAGUUAAAGCGCAAUAUUCGGAAGGGUUCUGCUGUUAUCGCUGGGAGUUUCCAUGCAUCUGGUGAAUCUGAUAAAGUAAAGCGGAAUCCAAAGAAAUUCUCUAGCUUCCCUGCUGAUUCAGUACCAGAUAGCCAGUUAUCUGAACUUGAAAAGGUUAAAAGGAACCUCAGGAAGGUAACUGAUUCGAUGGCUGAAGCCUCAAAGAUAUCUAGUUCCAGGGUUGAUUCCUCGAAGGUAUGUGAUUCUAUAGCUGAUGUCCCAAAGGAAUCUAAUCCUGUGGCAGAAAUCUCAAAGAUACCUAGUCUCCUGAAUGGGAUCUCUGACCAUCAAGGUAUUCAAUGUGAGAAUACACGUGAGGCUUCCUUUCCUCUUGAAACUCAAGAAUACUCUGACAAUGAUCAUCUAUUGCGAUAUUCAAAUAUGGAUAGCUUGGACUUGGUACCUGGUUUGAAAAGUGAUCAGGAAAUUCAGCUGGAUUCGGUUUCUGUAGGAGAAAAUGUUGAUGAUCCCACUGUUGUUGCUCCAGCAGUUGAAGAAAUGCCACUGCAAAACAUUGAUACUGAAGACAAUGUUUUAUGGAAGAAAGAGGAAGCAAGGUCCAAGGAAGAGCACCUGUCUAAUGGAAGCCUUAGAACUAGCAAGAGGAAGUCUUCAUUCCCCAACAAAUCAGAAUAUGUAGAAAAUGGGACUCACGCUGCUCCAGUUCAGCCAAGGCAGCCAAGCUAUAUGGCUGCAACAGAGUCUGCAAAGGCGAAAUUGCGAGCCCAGAAUUCACCCAGGCUGGAUUCUGAUUCAUCAGCAGAAAAGAAUGGUUUCACCCGACGCCACUCUCUUCCUUCCAGUACAAAGAGUAGAGCAAUCAAAGCUGAAUGGAAGCGCUGA